GGCGCAGUAUGACAUAUUUGCUCGGUGGCUUCAGCAUGGCGCCCCGUUUUUGGACCUUCUGGUGGCUGGCAAGGAGCUACAGUGCUGAGCUACAGGUGCCUGAGGACGAGUGCGUCGACACAGUCUGUGCGGCUUCCUGGCUCCAACGACGUGCCCGACAAAUGUCCGAGGAAAACAGCAGCUGGGGGUGGUCAAGCGGUUCAGCAGAGGAAGGUCUAGGUGCAGAUGAGAUUCCUUUGGGCUCAUGUUUCCGGGACACCGGGGGCACCUGCCGGUUUUUCUCCUGCGACGCUUCUCGUGGAGAGGCGACCUGUGAACGCAGGCGCUGCAAGUGUAAGCCUGGCUUCUGCAAUCAUCAUGGAACCUGCGUUGCAGAAGCCCAAGCAAAUAGGUGCAUUCGCGACACGGACCAGACCUGCCGUUUCUUUGGAUGCUCGGCAACGUUGGGAAACACUACUUGCGAGUCCGGACACUGCAUUUGUGCCCCUGGCUAUUGCCAAGUAAAUGGCCUUUGCUUUCGCCAGCAAGGGAUUCUCCGAGCGAAACUUGUACCAAUCCGAAAGGAGAAGCCACAGUUCCCACAUCGUGUGGAAACUGCUUUGGCAUUCUCAGGAGGUGGUGGACGAGCUUUGGCCUUCAGCUUGGGUGUGCUUCGAGCGCUUGAACACUUAGGACUCAUGAGGUAUGUCGAUGCCAUCAGUUCUGUGUCAGGUGGCUCGUGGGCGGCGUCAGUGUAUAUGUUUUCCACAUUGCCAGUUCAGCACCUCUUGGGUGCAAGUACCGACCCAUCCGAACUUACCUUGGCGAACCUGGAGAAGCCAGAGUCUGCCUUGGGUACAGUCGGUGCAGUGAGUACUAUGGCAAUAGCUAAGCGACUGGUGAAGGGC